GCUUCGGCGGGGUGCUAUAUCUACUGUAGUACUAAUUGCUUUUAUAACCAGAGACCAAACAGUUCAUAAUUAUCUUGCUAUACUUUCAUGAAAUAGACUGACCUCGAGUUCUCAGUGCCGAUAGUGGCGUUAGUUGGGUAGUUCUCGUUAUCGUGUUAAGGAAAAGGCGGAUUAUAUACCAGACAGAAUCACGUGGCAGCAUUGUGGCGUCAUACGAUAAAAUGAACAUGAUUUGGGCCUGUCAGCGGCUUAACGGAAUAUCAUUAACCUCGUUUAACGGGGGUCUGUUUUCAUUAGAAUGGUCUCCCAUAAGAUAAAGUCGUAUCCGCAGUGUUGUCUGAUUAAUGAAGUAUUGUCUUUGGGUCAUUUGACGUCACUUUAAGCGUCGAGUUGCAACAGACUAACAUGAUUCAUACCUCCGUGUGUGCCAGAAAAUUCCGGCUUCGAAGAUGUUUCAUAGUGUUACUAACAGUUAACUUUACUUAGACUUCUGUAUACAGCAUAGACUUGUUAGUUUUAAACAUGACUUCUAAGGGCUUUAGGCAAAAUAAGGACUCAUUCAUUUUCUUCACAUUAAGUGUGAAUGGUCCAGAACAGGAACGGGUUACUGAAAUCAGUCUUGUCAGUAUAUUCGGUUAUGAGCUUACCAGAGCAAAAAGCAAUUCUCCAGAUUGGUUUCCAAGAGUUCUCGACAAAAUGACUGUCUGUUUUGACCCGAAGGAGAAACUUGAUUACGAUUUGUGUAAAUCCUACAGCGUGAAGUCACAAGAUUUUGAAAUUGCAAAACGGCAAAAGUUCGACUUAAAAGUUGUUAAUCUUUUGAAUCUCUUUCUCUCGCGCCAAUCAGGCGAAUUGUACCUUGUGGGUCACGGUAGCUAUGGUUUCAAAGUUUUGCAAUCUGAGUUGCGGCGCCUCGGAAAAAGUUUGGAUAAAGUGGAUGAACGUCAGGUGCACUUCGUGGAUUCAGAAGAAAUUUUCAAAAAAAUACAACCAGGAAAAGAUUCCUCUUUGAGCCGAAUUUGUGACGAGAGUUUUUCUCAAGGAAUGCCACAAUGUGCCACUACAGAAGAACGGAAUAAGUUUUUGAUUAAAGUUGUGCUUAAAAACCUAGACAAGUUUUUCGACAAUUUUAACCCAAACUUUUCAACUGUGCCGAAACAGAAAAGUGAAAGUGCUGAAACAACUUCUGAGCUCGACCAAGGCAUUUCUUCUGGCGAAUUUGAGCCCACGCAGACUCAUGUAUAUUUCGACUUGGAGACGACGAGGCUUAGAAAUUCCAAAAUUACUGAGAUUUGUAUGGUGGCCGUCCAUAUUGAUUCUAUGAAAACACCAACACCUGACUCUCUACCGAGAAUUGUCGACAAAAUGGUUCUGAUAGUCGAUCCGGGUGAAAUGAUUGAGCAAAUAGCUUCUGAAUUAACAAAAUUAAAUAACCAUAUCAUUCGAGAAAGCUACAAACCGAAGUUUAACGCCGAAACGACCAAGAUUAUGGCAGAGUUUUUAAGGAGGCAAAUCUCUCCUAUUUGUUUGAUCGCGCAUAAUGGGAUGAAAUUUGACUUCCCGUUGCUAAAGAACCACAUUCUUGCUUCUAAUUCAAACGAAAGAGUUUUCUCAGGUAUACGAUAUGCUGAUUCAGUUCGUGGCAUGAGGCAACUACAUAGUGGUCCUCGUCAAUCUUUUCAACUGCAGAAAGUUUAUCAACGUACAUUCCCACAAUCCAUCGCAACCAAUCAGCACCAGGCAGAGAAUGACGUCAUCAAGCUUUUGAAAAUUGUGUGUUCUGAUUCUAAGCUGUGCGCUUGGCUCAAUAGUAACUACGUGGAACUUACAGACAUUUUGGUGUAGCGAUUUCUGCAUCUCGCUUCUUUCUUCCAAUUAAAUGUAAAUAUUUUUAAUUGUAAGCGUGUUCUAACAACUGUCGUUUUGUCGCCAUAUUCGGUAUUUUUGUUAUAUAACUAUUGUUUAAUCUUUGCUACCGUAAUCGAGAGACAAAUAAAAUGUUUUGAAAUGAUAUAUUUUUUCUAAGUUCGCAAUUUAAAGUAGGCAAGCAGCAAUGCAUUAUAAUUCUCCUUGAACACAAAUA